AUGCACUUCUUCAAGACUCUCUUUGGCCUUGCUGCCUCCGCCGCUGCCGUCAGCGCCAAUUCGAUCACCUUCUUCACCCUCGACAAUCUUGAGCGCACAAUCUACUUCGUGCCCAGCCCUGGCUCCCCCCAGAUGGACCCCGUCACCGUCAACAAUAACGAGAAGACCAAAGUCGAGUUCGCCCACGGCUUCACUGGCAUGUUCUACGCCGUCCAGAAGGGCGAGCCAAACAAGGACGGCAUCAUUGGCGAGGUCCGCUUUGACGGAGACGAAGGCAAGACCUACUUCGACGUCUCAGCUAUUGACCAUCCCGAGGAUAAAAACAACAUCAAACAGAUGUACGUCCUCGAUGCUCAAGGAAAUGCUUUGACAAAUGAACCCAUGUCUGGCUGCGAGGAACACCCUUGCGACAACGUCUACCAUAAACCCGAUGAUGUGCAGACCAAGGUUACCAAGUAUCAAGACCUCAUGACCACCUUGGGAUCCGGCAGUACUGGCCACACCUUUGCUUCCUAA